UCCCAGCCCCAGGUUGUUCCUUUCCACACCUGGCACUGUCGGGUCACUGGGAUCCAUCUGCUCCUGGGGUCACCUCUGACACCCCCCCCUCUGUGCUGCCUCCAUCCCCACUUUUCCCAGCCCGGCCAUCCCCAGCAGCUCCACGACAUCUGCCUUCAGGGAUUCAGUGGGAUCAGCAGACACCCAAAACCUGGCACGGGGAGAUGCCCCCAGCCCCGCCAGGGCACAUCCCACCCCGCUGGACCACUGUGCCCCUGCUCGGGGCUGGCAGGAGAACUGGGUCAGCCGUGUAACCAUGGAGAUGCUGAGGGAGAUGCUGAAGCGGCGCCAGCACAGCCCCGGCUCUCCAGAACCCUGGAAAGAUUCCCCAGCCCUGGCACCGUCCGUGUCCGGCCGGGAUGGGGCUGGGAAGCUGAGCUGAGCCUCCUCGGGGCGCAGGGCGCUGAUCCCACGGAGCGGGGCCGGGGCCGGCGGGCGCGCAGCGGCUGACCAUGUUCAACGGGGAUGCCAGCUCCAUCACCGGCUCCAUCACCGGCUCCAUCACCGGCUCCAUCUCCGGCUCCAUCUCCAGCCCCAUCUCCGGCUCCAUCGCCGGCUCCUCGGCGGCCAGGAAUGUGGUGCGCAGCUCCAGCAUCAGCGGGGAGAUGUACAGCCUGGAGAAGAGCGCGCGGGGCAGCGCCGACUCCGUCUCCGUCACCGCCAGCAAGAAGAGACGCUCCAGCCUGGGCGCCAAGAUGGUGGCGAUCGUGGGGCUGUCCCAGUGGAGCAAGAGCACCCUGCAGCUCAACCAGACUGAGGGGGGCCCCAAAAAGCUGCGCAGCACCAUCCGGAGGAGCACCGAGACCGGCAUCGCCGUGGAGAUGAGGACCAGGGUGACCCGGCAGGGCAGCCGGGAAUCCACCGACGGCAGCACCAACAGCAACAGCUCCGACGGCACGUUCAUCUUCCCCACGACCCGGUUUGGCGCCGAGAGCCAGUUCAGCGACUUCCUGGACGGGCUGGGGCCGGGGCAGCUGGUGGGGCGGCAGACGCUGGCAACCCCCCCGAUGGGAGAUGUCCACGUGGGCAUGACCGACCGGAAUGGGCAGCUGGAGGUGGAUGUGAUCCAGGCACGGGGACUUAUCCCAAAGAUGGGCUCCAAGUGCAUCCCUGCCACCUACGUGAAGGUUUACCUGCUGGAGAACGGCGUCUGCCUGGCCAAGAAGAAGACCAAGGUGGUGAAGAAAAGCUGUGACCCGUCGUACCAGCAGCCUCUGCUCUUCGAGGAGAGUCCCCAGGGCAAAGUCCUGCAGGUGAUCGUCUGGGGCGAUUACGGGCGCAUGGACCACAAGUGCUUCAUGGGGAUGGCCCAGAUCAUCCUGGAGGAGCUGGAUCUCUCCAGCACCGUCGCGGGCUGGUACAAACUCUUCCCCACGUCCUCGCUGGCCGACUCCAGCAUCGGACCUCUGACCCGCCGCCUCUCCCAGUCCUCCCUGGAGAGCUCCACCAGCCCCUCCUGCCCGUAGGGGGGCAGGUCAGUGGGAGAGGGGAGGGGGAAGGAGACGCCCUGACCUACCCAAACUGGGCGUGGAGAGCUGUAAAUAUCCUUCCUUUUUUUUUUUUUUUUUUUUUUUGGGGUUCCUUUUUUUUUUUUUUUUUUAAUUUUUAUUUCGAAAAUUCUCCUUCCCCAACCAAAAAAACCUGCCCCUGGACACGCCCCCCUCCCCACGCUCGUGUCCCGGGCACGUGGAGGGGAUGUGGGAGAGGGAGGGAGAGGGCCGUGUGUGAGGCAGGGGGGGAAGGAGGAGCAGAACAAACCCCCCCCGAGGGCUGCACCUGCCGAUGAUGAUCCCAGAACUGUUCCCACGCCUCGUCCCAGCACCUGGAAGGCCUCGAGGAGCCCAGUUCUCUCCUGCCCCCCCGGUGAGAGCAGCUCAAUCUGGUUCAGCAGCCUGACGACGAGGUUCCUUUCCUUCCAUUUCCCUUUCCUUGCCUCCGAGGGAAAAAAAGGGAGCUUUCCAAGGGGAAAGAAAAAAACAAACCAACAAAAAAAAAAACACUCAGAAAAAAAAAAAAAAUCCAACUCAGCACUACUUUUGUUUUCCAAGGAAUGUAGCAUCUUCUCUUAUGUAGCUUUGCCACGUGCUAACAACACACUCACUGCAAUAUCCAAGAGACUCCGGAUGGGCCGGGAACAUCUGCCAGUCACGUCCCGUUGGUUCAUUUUUCCGAGCACUUUUGGGGGCCAUUUUUUUCCUUCCUUUUUUUUUUUUUUUUCCCCCAUUUUUUUUGUUUUGUUUUCCCGGUAGCAUGUAGCCUGUGAGCAGUGCCAUUGCCAAAGCAAGAGAGGGCAGGGAAAGGGGCACUCCCCUCACCUCAGCUGGUCCUUCUGCUCGUGCCCCAACCGCUGACCGGGGGCUCGUCCGGCCACGACGAGACCCAAAGGAUGAACUCUGGGAUGCCUCACGUGGGAAUUCCAGCCGGGAGAAGGCGGCCCAACGGAGCAGGAAUACCAGGAUCAUCUGGUUGAUCAUCUGCCUCCUGGCCCCUUCCUCCUGUGAGGGCCAGCUGGAGGGCUGGGAUGCCCUCCCUGGAGCUGGGAUGUCCUUCUUAAGGUCUGGAUGCCUCCUCGGGGUCCAGGAUGCUCUCCUUGAGGACUUGGGAUGCCCUCCUUGAGGUCCAGGAGUGCCCACCUUGAAGCUGGGUUACCCUCCUCGAGGUCUGGAAUGCUCUCCUUGAGGUCCAGGAGUGCCCACCUUGAAGUUGGGAUGCCCUCCUCGAGGUCUGGAAUGCUCUCCUCGAGGUCCAGGAGUGCCCACCUUGAAGUUGGGAUGCCCUCCUUGAGGUCUGGAAUGCCCUCUUCGAGGUCCAGGAGUGCCCACCUUGAAGCUGGGAUGCCCUCCUCGAGGUUUGGGAAUGCCCACCUGCAUGUUGGGAUGCUUUCCUUGAGGGUCUGGGGUGCCCUUCUUGAGGUCUGGGAUGUUCUCCUCAGGGGUUGGGAUGCCCUCCCUGAGGUUUGGGAUGUUCUCCUCAGGGGUUGGGAUGCUCUCCCCGAGCUCUGGGAUGUCCUCCUCGGGGUCAGGACGCCCUUCUUGAGAGCUGGAAUGCCCUCCUUGAGGUCUGGGAUGCCCUCCUUGAGGUCUGGGAUGCUCUCCCCGAGGUCUGGGAUGCUCUCCUGGAUACUUGAAUUCCAAGCAGGAGCAGAGGGUUUGCCCAGCCCUGUUCUCCAGACUCUGGACUCGCUGAUUUGCUACAGGGGAACAUCUCAACAAGCACCUUGUGCUGCUCUGGAAUUCGGGUGCCGGAGAGAGGGGACGGCCAAGGGACUCUCUGGGUCGAGUUUCUCGUCAGGAUUGAGUGUUUUGGGGGUUUUUGUUUGUAUUGUUUUGUUUGUUUUUAAAAGCAGCAUUUUUGGUUCCCUCCGAGGGACCCAGUUCUUGUAGCAAACCCGAGAAUUAACGGAAGCUUUUUUUGAAGGUGCCUAAAUGAAAUUUGCUGAAAAAUACUCAGGGGAGACACCACUAGAAACUCUGGUUUCUUCGUAAAAUGAACCUAAUCCAAUGACUGUCCUGAAGGAUCAGUUCCCAAAAAGAGAGGAAAAAAAAAAACCAACCAAACCCAACACACCAAAAGAUGAGCAGUUUGGAGACUGGAAGAGGACAAGAGGUUAAUGGGGAAUUUUUGCCAACCAGCUGGCUCUGACCUUCAGUGUUCACCACAAACCAACCCACAGCACAGCUGGGAUUUUUAUACAAUUAUUUCUUGGCAAAACACAGAAUUCCACAAUGCACAGAGCACAACAAACCAACCGAGGUUCUCCUGGUGACACCGGGAACGACGAACCAGCUCAGCCACCACGGAACAAAACCAAACCUGAAGGAAAAAGGACUGUUGGGAUGAAGCUGUUCCCUCCACAAACCCCAACCUGGGGGUCCCCAAACCCUCAAACCUGGGGGCCCACAAACCCCAAACUUUGGGGUCCCCAAAUCCAAACCUUGGAGUUCAAAACCCCAAACCUGAGGGUUCACAAACUCCAAUCUUGGAGUCCCCAAACCUAAACCUGGUGGUCCACAAACCCAAACCUGAGGGUUCACAAACCCAAACCUUGGGGUCCCCAAACCCACGUCUGGGGCUCAGCAGGACUCCACUGUGCAGUGGCUGCUUUGCCAAACAGCACCAAAUUUAAGUGACAUCAUGACAAGGACUUUCAGCUGCUGUCUCGACUUUGCCAACCCAAAAUCCUCUGAGGAAAGAGGAGGCCCAGAUGCUGCUGACCUGGGAUGGGGAAAGGUUCAUCCUUUCACUUGGUGAAGGGUGAAAUCCUCUGCUGGAGCAGCUCGCUCCGAUUCCUGGGCUCCUGCUGGAUGGCAACGGAAGGAACGUGGGAUGCACUGAACCUCCAGUGGUUUGGGGAAGCAAACUCGGUGCCCUGACUCCUGAAACAGGAACUAACAGUGGUUGGAACGUGAUGUUCCCUGCAGAGCACGGAGCAGCUCCCGGACGAGGCCGAGCUUCCUCUGCCCGGCGCUGGAUUCCUGACUGCACAUCAGGGAAAGCAUCCUGAGAGGAAAAGCUUUCCUCUCCUCCGAGCUGACACUAUUUACUUUUGGCUUUACCAGCCCUGUUUCCAUGGGAAAAUGCCAAACCUGCCCGUGGUGGGAGCACGGAACGUCCGCGGGGCGUGGGCAGAGCAGGGAGCUCUGCAGGGACGUUGUGCUCGCUGCUGUGGGCACACAGCAUCCCACCCCCUCCCUUCCCAGCUCUGCAUUCCUCCAGCAGAGCUUCCUUUCCCCUGCUCCUCUCCCUGCCAGGAACAUCACACGCCUGUGCUCUGACAGAGAACAGAGGCGGGUGAGGAGCAGCAGAACAUCCCGACCACGCGCCCGGGGUCCGGCAACGACCUUGCUGCUCCUGCCCCAGUUACCAAAACCCCGCUGGAAAAACCCAGAGGGAAGAACCAGCACCUGGAAGGCACAGCCUGGGCGCUCCAGGGAACAAGGAAAACCCGAAGAUUUUUGCUUCUUUCUGGUCCCUGCCACGCUGAGGAUGCACUGGGGGGGGAAUGAAUAAACUGCUCCCCAGUUCCCCCUCGGUGCUGGGUUCGUGUUUGCUGCCUCACGGGGCUGAUCCCUCCUGCUCCUGGACACUGGCAAGGUGGAGCCACCUUGCAGUGACUUCAAAUGACCAAAAUCCAACAAGACCUUCCCUUCUUCCCUUCCAGUCCCCCCCUCUCAGGAGGUGCCACUCACUUCCCUGGGGGAGCACCUGGGUCAGGACCCACCUUGCACAGGUGUGGGAAAACUAAACUGGGGGAACUGUGCCACAGUCACACUGAAACAUCAGCUCCUUCUCCUUUCUCAGCCCCUCAGCCCCCGUGUCAGAUGUUUUCCCUCCUCCAGCAACAAGAACAACGGAGCCAAGACACCCCAUUGCUUUCUACAGACACCCCAGAAAUCCAAAACUCAGCCACUGAGAAAAUUCACUCCAUCCCAGGACAAACCAGAAGCUUCUGCACUCCAGGGUUUUUCCCUUUCCUGGGGGAAUGUUUUAUUGCCAAGGGCAUUUUUUUCCACGUGCAAUAUGACUUGCAAAAGGUGGCUGCCUCGGUGUUAUGGGUCAGAUCAUCUCCUCUACCUCCCAUCACGGAAGGAAAGUCAAACCACUUGAUUUGGCAGAUAUUUUUUUUCCCCCAGAAAGAAUAAUUAAUACGAGAUGACAUCAGCUUUGCAGGCUGUUUUACACCCAGCCCCCAGCAGUGAGGAGCAGCACCCACCUGACACAGACCUCUCCGAACGGCGCUGGAAUCAAACCCCCAGCUGGAGUCACAAGGCUGGAUUUUACCAAAAUAGCCUUGAAAUGGUACUUAAACAUCCCCUAAAUGCUAAUAGAAGUCACAGCCACGCAGCAAAGCACAGAAAGCACUCGGUGAUUCCAGGCCUGAGUUAUCCCUGUGUUUUCUCCCGGCCUGGAAUGGGCUGAAUUUGCCAAAGUGGAGUGAAAAUUUUCAAGGGCAGCAGGAGCUGGGCCCAGAAAUCAGCUCCUGUGUCAUCAUGGCAUGUUGAAAGCAGGGGGAGAGGAUGCUUCAAUGCAGUUCUCCAGAAAUCCAGUGAGAUACCAAGACAAUUCCCAGGAAUCAGGGAACUGAACCUGCUGCCACGGAGCAGCGGAGCCGGUGGGAAGCAUUCCCCCCACAUCCAGCUUCUCCAGCUCCUGCAAGCUUUUUUCUCCGGAAGCAGUUCCAGGUGCAGCUCUUGGUUACAAAUCCAAGAGCAGGAAUUCCUCGGGAGUGGGAUCAGGAUCCCCCUUUGCUGUCAGGGAAUCUCUUCUGUGGCACCACAGCUCGGGCAAAGACGAGACCUGGGAAGAGCAGCCUGGGUGUUUGGGAGAGGAGCAGCCACAUUCCCUCCCUUGCCUGGUUUUCCUGGGCUCACAAACCCCCAGCACUGGUGAGAACAGCCAGAGGGUCCUUCCUGCUCCAAAAUCACUUCCAAAAUCAGCACCAGGGAUGUUUUUUCCAGGUGGAAAGAAUCCAUCUUCUGGUUUCUUCUGGUUGAUUCAGGGGCUUCGCUCCGGACUGAGGUGAAAUGCUUGGAUAAUCCACGUCUGUCACCUUCCCAAAGGUGUGGGAUUGGCCACUGGUUUGGAAAACAGCAGCACUGCCCAGGUCAGGGAACAGUGUUCCAGCACUGUUUGUCUCACUGGCUCAAUCCAAAGCCCAAGUGUGGUUUGCAUCACGCAUGGAAAACCAUGGGAAGAGCUCUCCCUGCUUUCCUUGGGGAUUUCGUGCCUGCAGAUGGAUCUGGAGAGUCGCCUGCAGGAACAGCAGGGUUUGCAUCCAAAGGCAUGAGGGCCCUUCCAAUGAUCCUCCAGCAAAGCUGCUUCAUCUGGAAAUCUGCCUUCUGCUCCAUGGAAUCCCAGGAUGGUUUGGUUUGGAAGGGACCUUAAAGGUCAUCUCGUUCCACCCCCUGUUCCACGGGCAGGGACACCUUCCAUAAUCCCAGGUUUCUCCAAGCCCUGUCCAACCUGGCCUUGGACACUUCCAGGGAUGGGGCAGGGUUUCUUUCUCACAGAGAAAACCCCCCAACCCCUGGCUGGUUGUUAGAGUGCAAAAGUUGUGUUUAGGAGCUAAAAAGAAGGUUGAAAAGCUGCAGGAAAAGCUUGUUAAGGGGAAAAAACCAAAAGCAUCUGCAGCAGCACGGUUGGAAUUUUGGGGUGAAGACAAUCCUGCUCACCAGAACCCACCUGGGGAUGUUUAGGGUUGAAAACAGACCCAGAAAAAUGUUCAGCAGCGGGUUUAUCCUGCUGUCUGAGGAGCUGCCACAGUGCUGGAGCCCGACCACCCAUCUCAGGCACGGAUAUCAGGAUGGGACACGGACACCAGGAUGGGACACGGACACCAGGAUGGGACAGGGACACCAGGAUGGGACAGGGACACCAGGACAGGGCACAGACACCAGGACAGGGCACAGACACCAGGACAGGGCACAGACACCAGGACGGGACACGGACACCAGGACGGGACACGGACACCAGGACGGGACACGGACACCAGGAUGGGACACAUGGACACCAGGAUGGGACAGGGACACCAGGAUGGGACACGGACACCAGGAUGGGACACAGACACCAGGAAUCCAGGAGGAACCAGCGUGGUGCCACAGCUGCCCCCCGGGCCAGGAGCUGCCGUGCCCCCCGUGCCCGCAGGAGCUCCGGCUGUUGUGAUACCUCAUCCUUUCAUUUGUCCCCCUCCUUUCCCCCCCUAUUUUUUUGCUCUUUCAGCCCCAGAGCUUGUGCACUCGCCCCCAUUCAGGUUCUGUUUUGUUGUACCUGUGCCAUGAAGAGCAGUCCCAGCCCCGGGCUGUGCAUCUCCCACCCUCUGCUCCCUUUGGCACCGUGGAAUGCUGAGCUCCAGGCGAGGGGAGCACGAGCCCAGGGGGUCCUCUGGGGGGAGGGAGGGUUUGGAGGGGCCCCCUCUGUGCCCUCCUUUCAUCUCUGCUGUUAAACAGCCCCCCCAACACCCUCCCGGGGGCUCGGUGCCACCACCCUGCUCCCGAAUCCCUCCCAGAGCUCCUGCCUGAGGCAGGGAUGGAGAGGGGGCCUGGGGAGCAGGCAGGGAUGGAGGGAGGGAGGGCUGGAGCCCUGAUCCCGAUCCCCGAGAGGAGGGCUGUGUGUAAAUACCCAGAUCCCGGCGCUCCCUAAAAAACAAAAAAAAAAAAGGGAAUUUUGUCCUGCCCGUGUGAAGCAAUUCCUGCCGUGUGGAAGGAGCAGCUCCCCCUCCCCGUCCCCACUGGCCAGGGAGGGCCCCCUGGCAGCGGGUGCCUCGUGAAUGUUUAGAGCACUUUGAAGUUGGUGGCCUUGUUUUUCUUAAAGGGCUUGAUUUUUUUCGUGCAGUUUAAAUGGAAUUAUCCCCUCCCCACCCCCCCGCCACCCCCUCCAUCGUGUCAUCCCACUCCCCACCUCCAAAUCCACGCUAGGAACAAGCUCCUGGAUCGUGUAAGAAACGAUCCAGGACUCAAGAAUCUGUCAUUAAUCCCCAAAGUUUAUACCUCAAAGAGAAAAAGCAGCAGCUUAGGGACAGCUCCGGGGGGAAGCAGCAGCUCCAAGCUGGAAGUUCAUCCCUGAAUUUGGUUCUUGACAGCAGCAGGGAAAUCAAACCCAAACCCACACGAGCACAGGGGGAAAAGCACCAAGGAGGUUUUAAAAGCACCCAAAGUGCAGUUUGGAAACGUUCAUCCUGUCAAAAAAAAAAAUAUUCCAAAUUUAUAUUCCCAAUUGAGGGGUUUUGUCCAUAACUAACAAAUCUUUGAACGCAGCCUAUGCCUUCAAACUGUGUCAACCCCCCUAAAAAAAGUCUGAGGGGGCAUAAGAGGGUCCCAAAUUGUUUGAGGAAGGAUUGAUGAGAUCACUGAAGGCAAUGAAAUGCACCCAGGGCUCAGCCUGUCAUUCCCAAUCCCAGCCCUUCCCGUGGCAGCUGGAGCUGGAAGGAGUUUCUGUGACAGGGGUGCAGCUCAGAGUGACACAACCACACAAGGACACGCAGUUCUUCACAUUUUCCAGCCUAAAAUCCCCCCCAUCCCAAAAAGAAAAAUUGCAUUAAGAAGGAUGAGCUGACCCAGGAGAGCCCCGUGGGGCUGGGAAGUGCCAGAACCCAAUUAGCCAGGAGUUAAUUGGGGCUGAAUGAAAAGGUGCCAGGUGUGUCACCACCACCCCCCAGGGAACAGGAGAGGCAGGAGAACUCCCAGGACUGACACACUCACCUUGGAUUCCUUUGGAUUUGGGGAGCCAGGAUGGAAGCAGCCAGUGAACCCCCCGCUCCUGCUCCAGGAUAAACUUGGUUUGAUGACAGAUUCCUUCUAUUUGACAACUCCCCCCCUAAAGAAUCACCCCAGAGGGGGGGACUGGAGGGUCCUUUGAGCCCCCAGUUCCACGUCUGAGACAAGGGGAUGGGCUUGUGAUGGAUCCUUGAGAGAGGGAAUGGAUUUCAAACAAGCAAAUGGCAAUUUUCUACCUGUGUUCUGUACCUGUUUUCUAUGUGUGUGGUCUUUCUUAAAUGUCAAACUCUUGUAUUUUUGUGGUUUCUAUAUGCAGCAGGACUGAUGGCUGUGAGGGUGCACGCUGUUUUUUGUAAAAUAUUCCUUAGCCAGUUUUCCCCCCAACCCCCCCCCCAAAAAAAAAAAAAAAAAGAGGGGAAAACCUGAAUUAUUCACAUUUUCAUUGGCUUGUACCUGCAUGUACAGUAUUGGGGCAGCAAGUGAAGAUGAUUAAAGCCAGCUUGAAAACUUU